AUGUUGGCAAGGUCCUGCUUGCGCUCGGCGCGCACCAUCAAUGGACUUCGGAAUGGCGCGUCCACCAUGUCAAAGCGUGCUGCCUCGACCAGCUCGGGCGCUGCCGGUGAAGCGGCCCCUGCACGAAUGAACUUGGCUGCCAUCGCCUCGACCACCGUCGCCGCCGCCUCCCUUGCCUGGUACUAUCACCUCUACGGACCUGUCGCCCACGCUGCGGCCCCCAUCGAGGAAGGCAUGCACUCUACCAAGUACCCUUGGGUUCACCAGCAGUGGUUCAAGACAUUUGACCACCAGGCUCUCCGGCGAGGCUUCCAAGUCUACCGCGAGGUUUGCGCCAGCUGCCACUCCCUGGAACGAGUGCCCUACCGAACGCUUGUCGGCAGCGUCCUGACCGUCGACGAGGCCAAGGCCCUGGCCGAGGAGAACGAGUACCCCGGCGAACCCGACGAUCAAGGCGAGAUCCAGAUGCGCGCCGGAAAGCUCGCCGACUACAUCCCUCCCCCCUACAAGAACGAGGAGGCUGCCCGAGCCGCCAACAACGGUGCUCUGCCGCCGGACCUGAGCCUCAUCGUCAAGGGCCGCCACGGCGGAUGCGACUACAUCUUCAGCUUGCUGACCGGGUACCCCGAGGAGCCUCCCGCCGGCGCUCAAGUCGCUCCCGGAAUGAACUUCAACCCCUACUUCCCCGGCACCGGCAUCGCCAUGGCUCGUGUGCUCUACGACGGCCUCGUCGAGUACGAAGACGGCACGCCCGCGUCGUCGUCGCAGAUGGCCAAGGAUGUUGUCGAGUUCCUCAACUGGGCGGCCGAGCCCGAGAUGGACGACCGCAAGAAGAUGGGCAUGAAGGUGCUGGUUGUCACGUCGGCCCUCUGGGCCCUGAGCGUCUGGGUGAAGCGGUACAAGUGGGCGUGGCUGAAGUCGAGAAAGAUUGCCUACGACCCUCCCGCCGAGACCAAGGUCCGCCGCUAA